CAGCUAUCUGACUUGCUGCGGAGCCUCUGCAUCAUCAGCGGUCACCGUGGCAACCGUCACAAAGCCGCGAGCGCGUUCACAAGGGGACCGUGGCUUCAGAAGAAUCUCAGGAGAUCCUUUAAGUUUUUUACUUUUCCAUUUGUUUAUUUUUUUAUUUUUAACCAAAAAUCGUAAAGACAGCUGCGGUGUUGAUCCAAACACAACGGAGCCCGCAGCGUAAUAUCCGGUCCGCGCGCGCUCGACUCGGAGCGAGAUGACGGACACAGGAAGUGAUCGAGAGGGGAUCAAUGGAGGUGAUUAGAAAUGUUAAACCAGAGGGUCGCUUUAACAGCUGAGCGCGGUUCUGAUGGGGUUCUGGUCCAGGAUCGAUCGGGGUUCUGGCUCGUGUAGCUCUGCGGUUCUGAUCCAGGAUCUUUGCAUCAGCUCCAUCUGGUUUAUGGGUCUGAUCCAGAUCUGUUUCUUUUGUUUUUGUUCUGAUUCAUUUUGAACUGACUGCACCAUCUGCUGAAAUAUUUGAGCUGCUCUGCAGAUGAUCCAGCACAUCUGGACCGGGUCCACACGAAGCCACCAGUUGAAUGAAAACCGGUUCUGAGGGAUUCUGUGUGAUUUGCAUCUAAAUGUGGGAACAUCUAUAUUUUAUGAGGACUCCUGCGGAUCGAUCGCAGUGCCAGUCCAUGACCUCUCCAUCCGGAAGCUGCUGCCAGGAGACGAAGGUCAGCAGCAGCAGCAGCAGCAGCAGGAGGAGGAUGAUGAUGAUGGAGCCCGGACCGAUAUCAAUAAUUGAUCAGCAGCUGCAGAACUAACUAAGAGCUGAUGGGAACCAGUUUGGCUGCAGAACCCCAAUGGAUUUACCUGUAAGCGUGGCCCUACAGUCCAGAACCAACUACACAGCCAACUCUGUGGGUCCGAGUAUUACCGCCUCACCUGUGGAACCCAGGGUCGUUUCCAUAGUAACCGGCCUGGUGACGGCCACCACGCAGACUGUUGUGGGAACGUCGGGAAACCUGUCGGCCCUCCGGGAGCAGGAGGACACCGACUUCGGGGAGGUCCAGCCGCCGUCGACCACGGCGGUUCUGAGCGCCGUGGUCGCCGGGAACUCGGCUCUUCAGGGCGUGGCGGUCGCGGCUCAUGCUCUGGUGCUGCUCUUCAUCUUCCUCCUGUCCAGUCUGGGUAACUUGGCAGUGGUCUUAGUCAUCAUCAAACAUAGACAGCUGCGAACGGUGACCAACGCCUUCAUCAUGUCACUGUCGCUGUCGGACUUCCUAACAGCUGUGCUAUGCCUCCCCUUCUCCUUCAUCAUGCUCUUCAGCAAAGAUGGCGUCUGGAUGUUUGGCGAUGCCUUCUGCGUGGCCAACGGCUUCUUCAACACCUGCUUCGGGAUUAUCUCUACGCUCACCAUGACGCUGAUCUCCUUUGACAGGUACUACGCCAUCGUCCGGCAGCCUCAGGCGAAGAUCGGGCGCCAGAAAGCCACCCAGCUGCUGGCGGCCGUGUGGCUAACUGCGGUGGUUUUCUCGCUACCCGGGUACCUGCUGGUCGGAACCACAACAGGAGUCCAUAAGCGGGGGUUCUACCACUGCAUGUACGUCUUCCACCCUGGAGGUUCCGGCGUAGGGACUGCAUACAGCAUCUGCCUGAUUGUUGUGUGUUACCUGCUGCCGUUCUCCCUCAUGUGCUUCUGCCACUACAACAUCUGUAAAACGGUCCGGCUCUCCGAGAUCCGGGUUCGGCCCGUCACCACCUAUGCCUACCUGCUGCGCUUCUACAGCGAGAUGAGAACAGCCACCACGGUUCUGAUCAUGAUCGUGUUCAUCAUCUGCUGCUGGGGGCCGUACUGCCUGAUGGGCCUGGUUACGGCCAUCUGGAACUACAGGUUCAACCCGGCCAUGGACACGGUCGCCAUCUUGAUGGCGUGGGCCAACGGCGCCAUCAAUCCCCUGAUCUACGCCCUGAGGAACCCCAACAUCGGCAUGCUGUUGGGCCGCAGCCGACAGGAGGGCUACCGGACCAGAAACAUUGCCGCCUACCUGUCCAGCCAGAGCCGGAACCGAGAGGUCCGGCUAAACCAGGCGGAGAGGAUCAGGGACCGCUAUGUAAGCCGAGCCGGGCCCAACAACAGCCGGCUGUCGAGUUCCAGUCCGGGAAAAACGGGAGUGGCUGCAGCAGGAGGAGAGGUGGCCAUGUGGGCCUGCAAGAACCCGGCCGUGUUCUUCUGCAGGGACGCCUGGCACGACACAACACCGCUGCCAAACACUGGGGGGGAGAUGAAGACAAAGACGGCCGAUACCAGCCUGUGACCGGGUCAGAAAAAUUCUGGCUUAAAUUUAAUCUAUGUAACUUUUAUAAAAAAAAAAAAUAUUUAUUUUACAAUGUUGUUGAAACUUUUACCAUGUUGUCAUAGUAUAGUAUGAGACAGAUAAUCUGAAAUAAUGAAGUUCCUCUACUUUCUCUAAGUGCUAACUAAAAACAACCAAUCAGAGCUAGGAGGCGGGUCUUAGCGAUGUCAAUCAUAAAGUGUAUGCCGCUCACUCCCCUUUGCCCUCUAUUACAAUACAGUUUCUUCUUUGUAGUAAAUACUAAUCCUAAUUGGCAUGGCUACAGAUAAUGGUACGUUAUUUUCCAAUAUUAGCGUGUUCAUGUGUUGAUUGACAGUGCUAACACCCGCCUCCUGGCUCUGAUUGGUUGUUUUUGGUGGUUCAUUUCUUCA